AUGUCGCUCAUAGAAAAUGAUCCAGAGUUGUACCCCAAGAAUAUAAAUCUGCAGGUACCUCAAUGGCUAGACACCCUCUCUAUAUGCUUUUCAAUCUUCAACCUUAGCUUAGCGGGUAUAACCAUAGUAUUCUAGUUUAGGCAUCCUAAAUCAAGGCGAAAUAUGGGAAGAUUCUUUUUGUUGAUCCUUAUCCUCUAAACCCUUGAUAAGACCAAUAUAUUUAUUCAGGAGUUGUUCUUCAGAGAUCUCAGUGUCGUAUUUUAUGAAGUUAAAUAUGAUAUUGAACCGAAGCAGUUUGAGACUAAAUUGUGCAUAUUCUUUGGGUUCAUUAAGACUAUUGUAGAUUUCCUCUGCUAGUUCUAUUGCUUAUGGCUUGCUGUUCUUAUUAAAUAAAUUCUCAAAGACCCUAUUCACAGACUUAACAGAUACAUCUAUUUCUAUCAUGGCCUGACAUUUAUCAUCUGUAUGCUGUUGGUAUUUUAUGUGCAGUUAUCAAACGGAUUCGGAGUGGAGGAAACAAUGUAAUGUGGUAUCAAACACACUCCAGGCCUUGAUGAUGAGUAUAUCUUGCUAGUCCCAUUCUUAUUGGUGCCUAUUGACAUAUGGCUGACUAUUAAGAUUAUGAGAUAGACACCUUUCAUUGUCAGAUAAUCUGCAUAUUUAAUUGUUGAUCACGCUAGUUUCUUGUGCUUGGCAACAUGCACUCUCUGUGAAAGAACAUUCUUCGGUUACGCCAUUAGAUUUUACAAGUGGGUUUUCAGAAUUGAUCAGGAGCCAAAACCAUUAAUUCAAUUCAAAGCAAAUGACUCAUUUAAAAAUAUGAUUGAUGGGCAAACUGAUGGAACCAUUAAUAAGACACCUCUCUUAUCUAGUAAUGCCAAUCUUGAUUCUGAUGAAGACGAUUUUGAAGCUGGAAAUAAUUAGGUAGAAUUGAAAGAUGACAUUGAUAUUGAGGACGAGUAGAAAUUCAAAAAGUUGAUUGGAAUCACUGAUGAACCACCUGCUGAAUUUCAAUUGGUUGAUGCUGAUCCAUUAGCAGUUAAAUUAGAGAAAGAUAACGAUGUUAAUCAUAUUAUUGAUAUGGCAGAAUUCUUUAAGAAGUUUGAGGAUAUCUGUGCUACUGACGUUACGAAUGGAAAUAAAGUUUAAGUUAAGAUCACUGAGUACUGUCCAGAACUUCUAAGACCAAUUCGUAAGCAUUCUGGCUAUUCCGAGGAAUACCUGAUGAACUCAUUUUCUCCAAGAGAGAACUAUGCUGAGAUGACAAAAUUCCAAGAAGGUAGUGGCAAAUCAGCUAGUUUCUUCUUUUUCACUGCAAAUAAGAAGUUUGUGAUCAAGACACUGAAGGAUAGUGAACUAGAAUUGCUUGCAAGAAAAGGAGUGCUUGAGAAAUAUUACAACCAUAUUACCAAAUACCCUAAAUCACUACUUGCCAGAUACUAUGCUGUUCUUAAAGUUAAGAUUAAGUAUAUGCAGCCAAUCAAUAUAAUUAUAAUGGAUAACCUGAUGGGAGAUCACGCCGAAGAUGCAUUUAGAGUGUACGAUUUGAAGGGUUCUACAUUCAAUAGAAUGAAUUCUAACCCAUCAUCUGAUCUAUCAGUUAGAAAAGACUUAAAUUUCUUAGAUGAUAGAAGUAUGAGAAUGCAGGUAAAGCCAAAAAUUAAAAAAGAGAUACUCAGAAGAAUGGAAAGAGAUAAGGAAUUCUUAAAAACAUGUGAGCUUAUGGACUACUCAUUACUAAUUAUCUUCUUUAAGAAAGGCUUAUAAGAAAUGAGAGCAGGAUCCUCUUCAUACAGGAAAGUGUCUAUGGUAGUAAGAACAGAGUCUGAGGGUAAUGGUAAAGUAGUUGUAUUUUAGGAAAUCAAGGAAGAACUUCCAAAUAGGUAAAACUCAUUGAAUAUAUUUGGAGUAUCUCCCAGUAUCAACCCUCACCCAUAGAUAGAAAAUGAUGAUAUCCCUGACGAGAAGUCAAACAGCAUUUUAGAGCAUUUAGGUAAUAACCAAAACAAUAGUAAAGACUAGAUUAGGUUCAAUAAUCCACGAACAGAUGAGUUUAUUCAGUUUACAUCUGAUUAAGAUCCAAAUCUUUACUACAGAAUAGGUAUUAUCGACUAUUUACAAAAGUAUAACAGAAGGAAGUAACUUGAGACAAAGUGGCUUGAGCUUAGAAAUAGACAUGUAGCGCCAGAUACAUUUUCCUGUGUACAUCCGAAACUAUAUGGUGAUAGGUUUUAUAAAUUUAUGCAGACAAACCUAUUCACACCUGAAGCACAAAGACCAUGA